CCCAAAUUUUCAAUGUUUUCUUUUAGUCAACAACUUCAACAUGGAAGCUUUUUAAUAAAUGAGUUGUUUAUGGUUGAUGUUCACUUCACACCAUAGACAUCUUUUUCUUCCUUACAGAUCUGAGUUGUAAGUGAUGGAGGAUCUUCUUGUUUCAAGCUGGUGUAAGGAUCGAGCUGUGCCAGAAACGUAUAUAUUCCCACCGGAACAAAGACCAGGGAAGCUUAUUGAUGUUCCUGUAGGCAACAAUAUUCCAGUGGUUGAUCUUGGGGUUCAUGAUCAGACUCAGAUAAUUCAACAAAUUUUUGAAGCUAGCCAAGACUUUGGAUUCUUUCAGGUGAUCAACCAUGGAGUCCCUAACCGCUUAAUGGAUGAUGCCAUGAGUGUUUUUAAGGAGUUUCAUGCAAUGUCUGCCAAGGACAAAACAUUUGAAUGCUCAAAGGACCCCAAUAAGAGCUGCUCCGUCUACACAGGCAGUCAAAAUUAUGCAAAAGAAAAGUUCCACCUUUGGAGGGAUGGAUUGUUACACCUUUGUAAUCCUCAAGAGAAAUACAUCCAAUUUUGGCCUGAAAAACCGACUAGAUAUCGAGAAAUUGUUGGGACAUAUACAACUGUAGUAAGGAAGUUGGGGUUUAGAAUUUUGGAGUUCAUUUCCCAAGGCUUGGGAAUCAGCCCUGUUCAUUUUAGCAGUGGACUUGCUGAAAAUCCGAGACUGUUAGUCAAUCACUAUCCACCAUGCCCAGACCCAAGUUUAACCUUGGGACAGGGCAAACAUAGAGACCCUAGCAUCAUCAAUAUUCUUCUUCAAAGUGAAGUAUAUGGGCUUCAAGUCUUCAAGGAUGAGGAAUGGAUUGGUGUUAAACCUAUUCCUUAUGCUUUUGUGGUUAACAUAGGUUAUCCUUUGCAGAUUAUCAGUAAUGGGAAGUUGAAAGGUGCUGAACAUCGAGUGGUGACAAAUUCAAAUUUAGCUCGGACAACUGCUUCCUUCUUUAUUAAUCCAUUAGAUGAAACAAUUAUAGAACCAGCAAAAACUUUGGUUGAUGCAAGCAAUCCUGCGCUCUAUAGGUCCUUGCUAUACAAAAACUUUCUUAUCAAAUAUAUAGCUACCUCUGGCAACACUCAAGCAUUAGAGGAGGCUUUAAGUAGUAGUACUGAAUAGAGGGGGGGAGAAAACCUGUUGUGCUUUAUCAAUCUAUGACCAUUUGUAUCAACAGGAAAAUCUUAAUUGGAUCAUCAUAAUGAAUGUCUUUGUCAACUAUUGUACUAAUAAAAUAUGAUUAUUGUCAGUCUUUUUAUUUUAUU